CCCUUGCCUUGUUCAACUCUCUCUCCCUCUCUCUCUCUCUCUACUGUGAAAAUCAUAUCCGAAGCUUUGCCUUCGACGACUGCCCACGGAAAUUAGAGAACCAUGAGGAAGCCUUGCUGCGACAAGCGAGACACCAACAAGGGUGCGUGGUCGAAGCAAGAGGACCAGAAGCUCAUCGAUUACAUUCAAAAGCACGGCGAGGGUAGCUGGCGAACUCUUCCACAUGCCGCCGGUCUGCUCCGUUGCGGCAAAAGUUGCCGGCUGAGAUGGAUAAACUAUCUGAGGCCGGACCUCAAGAGGGGCAACUUCGCCGAGGAUGAAGAAGAUCUCAUCAUCAAACUUCAUGCACUCCUCGGCAACCGGUGGUCGCUUAUAGCUGGAAGGUUGCCGGGACGUACUGAUAACGAAGUCAAGAACUAUUGGAACUCUCACUUAAGGAGGAAACUCCUAAAGAUGGGGAUUGACCCCAAUAAUCACCGGUUGAACCAAAAUCUCCCUCGCUCUCAAACCUCGAAUGCCUCCGGCAGCACUUCCUCGUCCAGUUUGAAGACCAACACAACCCCGGCCGAUAAGUCCUCCAAGAGCGCUGGUGAUCAUCACGAGGUAUUCAAGGGGGAGAAUGUUUCGGGGGAUAUCCCACAUGGCUUGCCCGAUUUGAACCUCGAUCUCACAAUUAGCGUCCCGUCUUCUUCGCUUACUAAAGUUGAGGAAGAGGUGCAAAAUCCGUAUGCCUCCACAGUAGCGAGGGACAUCGGAAGCGCCGAAUCCCCCACUUUGCUUCUCUUUGCAUGAUGACUCAUUUGUCGCCCACAGAUUUCUAGAAGAUUCGAAAAGGAACAAAGUACAAAGGAGUAUGCAUGAUGCGUGACUACGGUUAGUGCACAAGGAGACGAUUAAUCUCGUGAAGUUCAACGCCUUUUCCCAAGUGCUAGAAAAUCGAAAUCAUCGGAGACUUAAAGCGACGAUCUAUGAAGAGGGAUCGAGGAAACACGGGCUGAAUCAGAGAAGCUAACCCGUGGCUUUUGCCAUUCGAGAGGAAAAAACGGCACAUUUGUUGCUCAAUUAUUUGCAAAUGGAGCCUCGUUAAUCGUCACCAUGCAUAACGGGAGGAGAUCAAACAUGAUGAUUCAAAAAUUGCUUCAUCUCAAUCUAGUAAAGUUGAGGUCUGGAUUUCCGAGCUUGAGAAAUUCUAUUUGUUGUAAAUGUAUUGUUUCACCACAGAAAUAUAGUUGAGAAACUGUAAUCAUCA